CCAAACAUACCAAUUUAUACGUGACGGGUGACACAAUGACACAAAGCGUAAUAGUAAAAUGCAGAAUUUAUUAUAAUGAAAUGCUUGGCGUAUUGGUCGUAUUAUCCUGUGUACUCGCACUCGCUACCGCCGGCCAAUCCAGUCCCAUCAACUACUGCGGCGCCAAGAUGUGUAAAAACACAAAUGCACACACUUUAUGCCAGUAUCCAAAAGGCGCAAGUCCGAAGUGCAACUCCUACAUGAAAAGCAGGCUGAGGACCUACGAGAAGAAGAAUAUACUGGACCGGCUUAACGUUUUGAGGUCAUUGGCAGCACAAGGUGCAAUGUUCCCUUUCCCUCCAGCUCAGGAUAUGUUGAAAUUGCAUUGGAUUGAGGCGCUGGCUCAUGAAGCCCAGCGCUGGGCAGACCAGUGUCGGCCGCCGCAGUCAGUCGAAGAACACGACACUUGUCGCGAUCUAUAUUCUUUGAAAGUCGGUCAGUGUGUGGCGUCGGUAGUGGGCACCACGCCGGUCCGAGUUGAGCAAAUGGUCGACAUUUGGAACAUACAAGGCAUUUUUUACAACUACACCGUGGACUACUACGUACCUCCACGUAACGGCAGCGCAUACUAUGGUGAUUUUGCACAAAUGCUUUGGUCGGGUAGUUAUAUGGUUGGCUGUGGUCUCAGUCGAUUUAUGGCGCAAUGGAAAGGUCGUAUGCAGCGUGUGCAGCGUCUAGUCUGCAACGUAGCACCGUAUGGGCCCCAAGCGACGCAGGCAAUAUGGACUCCCGGCAGCCCAGCAUCGCAUUGUCCACACAAAGCUAUGCCAAAUCUCAAAGGGAAUGGUCUUUGUGUAUACCCUGAAUCGCGCCGUGCAGUGGAAAAAGCUUUGGAACGCAGAGAACGUGAUUUAUCAAGAGCGAAACGAAAAAAGAAGACACGUAAACCACCAAAGUCAGGAAAGGUACGAAGAGAUCUGCCCGAAGUGUCAGAUUACGAUUACGGCGACGAAGGAAAACCAAGACCAACACGUCAGAAUAAGAUGGUUCUAACCACAACAGCGAAGAGUGUUCAUCCGAUAAUGAGCCUCAUAAAAUUAAUACCUUCCAUGGCUGAUUAUCCAGCAAAUUUUCCAAAAGAGUUGAUGGAUAAUGCGGCUAGCUACCUGUCCCCGUCACUUUUGACAAUUUUAGUUUUGUUUUUGUAAAUUUUUAGGUAUAUUUUUUUAGUUUUUUUUUUAUUAUACAUA